AUGGCUGCCAAUUCUGAGAAGAGGGUGGCCUCAUCCGUCUUCAUCACCCUGGCACCCCCACGUCGAGAUGAGGCGGUGGCGGAAGUGAAGCAGGCAAUGUGUGAAAUACGACCCAGCCGCCCCUGGGAGACUCUUGCUCCUGAGAAGGCAUCUGGGGUUGGCUCAGCGGGCAGGCAGGGCCCCUGGAAGGCUCCUGGCAGGACCAUGGCCACUACAUCUGCUGUACCCUCUCAGCUCUCCAAUGGAGGAUGCUGUCCCCCACCUCCUCUCCUGGAUGCUGAUGACCCACUCCCUGACUUGGACCUUCUCCCGCCUCCACCACCACCCCCUGUGGCUUACCUGCCUCCUGAGGAGGCACCCCCAGCCCCAAUGGGAGUGUCCCUCAUUUCAGAUUUCGAAAAGCUGCACCUUCCUCCACCUCCACCUCCACCUCAGGCUCUCCAGCCUCAGCCUCCACCCAGUCACCUCAGGCCCACGAAGGAGCUGCCCCCUCCUCCAGAGGAACCAGUCAGCGGACCAGAAAGGGAAAUGUCCACAGACAUCUGUGCCUUCUGCCACAAGACCGUGUCCCCGCAUGAGCUGGCUGUGGAGGCCAUGAAGCGGCAGUACCAUGCUCAGUGCUUCACCUGUCGUACAUGCCGCCGCCAGCUGGCCGGGCAGCGUUUCUUUCAGAAGGACGGCCGGCCUCUCUGUGAGCCCUGCUACCAGGACACCCUGGAGAAGUGUGGCAAGUGUGGUGAGGUGAUCCAGGAACACAUCAUCAGGGCCCUGGGCCAGGCCUUCCACCCACCCUGCUUCACGUGUGUGGCCUGUGCUCGUUGCAUAGGGGAUGAGCGUUUCGCCCUGGACAACCAGAAUGAAGUGUACUGCCUGGAUGACUUCUACAGGAAAUUUGCCCCCGUGUGCAGCAUCUGUGAGAAUCCCAUCAUCCCCUGCGAUGGGAAAGAUGCCUUCAAAAUUGAGUGCAUGGGAAGAAACUUCCAUGAAAAUUGCUACAGGUGUGAGGACUGCAUGGUGCUGCUGUCCAUCGAGCCCACAGAGCAGGGCUGCUACCCGCUGAACAACCGUCUCUUCUGCAAGCCCUGCCACGUGAAGCGAAGUGCUGCAGGGUGCUGCUGA